AUGGGACGGAAGAAGCACACCCUCGAGGACACGUACUCAUCCGACGACGACCAACCCAUCGACAGAGGCGUCUCCCAAAGAGAUCUCGAAGACGAGGCUGAACAGUUCAGAGACCCUACGCACAGCGGACGGCGCAAACGAAACAAAAACGAAGCGAUCUACGGCACAUUUUGGGAGUCAGACGGCGAUGAUGGCGCAGGCUCACGGUCAAGAGGAUCCAGCUCCAAGGGGCGCAAGCGGGAACCAUUCGAGUUUGUCGCCGCCACCUCUACUGCACAUCUGACGGCGACUGCCACGGCAGACGAGAAUCGGUCCCGUAAGGUGCGUUUUGCAGAGCCUGAACCGGAACCAGAGUCAGAGACACAGGGUCAGGAUCGCAGUCCCUCCUACUCUGACAGCGACGACUCCAUGGGCGAUGACAGCGAUGGUGGUGUUCGCGGCCCUGGCCGUGGAGAGGAUUCAGCUGACGGAUCCGAUCAAGAUAGCGAUGGCCGUGACGACAUGGAUGUCGACGAGGAGGAUGAGGAAGACAGACUAGCAAGAGAGGAGAGAGAGGCCACAUUCAGAGCACAGCGGUUGAAGGAUCAGGAAGAGAUCGACUCUUACGAGGACAAAGUCCUGCGGCCUCAAAUGGGCUCAAAACCCGUCAUCGGACAAGUCGCUUCAACUCCUACAGCCGUCUCUCCUGACAGUACUCAAACCAAAAACAAGGCUAUGGCAGCAUCCAUCAAGGCGGGACUCGGACUCUCGAAUGACGCGGGAUCGUCCGCAUCAUCACGCGACAGCAGCCCCAGAAUUCACCAGCGUUCCAAGAACAGCAGCGGUGGCAGCAUGAGCUUUUUCAAGAACAGAGUUGGCUUCCAAGGCACGGAUUCAAACGACAACAGUCCAUCACCUCGACCAGGUUCACCAGCUGCUGCGUCCAGUCCGAAGCCAGAUGUUGCCGCUGUCGCUCCUGUCAAAGUCGACAAGGACUAUGGCGCCUUCUCUGCCAAGGGCAGUGGAUUUGGUCUGAAGAUGCUGGAGAAGAUGGGAUGGAAAAAAGGAUAUGGUCUCGGCGCCGGUGGAUCAGGUAUCGUGGAGCCCAUUCAGACUAAGUUGCGACCUGUCAAGAUGGGUAUCGGUUUCAAGGGAUUCAAGGAGAAGACUGAGCAGGAUCGCGCAGAGGAAAAACGACGCGGACUUGUCGUCAGCUCGGAUGAGGAAGAGCAACCGGACAAACGGAAAGCCAAGGGCAUUUUGAAGAAGGAAUCAGAGUACGAAGUCAAGUCGGAUGGAUGGAAAAAGACGAACAGUCGCAGUUCGAGGAAGGGACCGAAGAUCGAGUACAAGACAGCCGCAGAGAUCCAGGAGGAGAUCGAGUCGGGGGAUCUCCCCAUGGCCCAAGCCCAGACCCAAAAGAUUUUGGAUAUGACUGGAAAGACGGUACGGGAACUGACCUCGGCGAGCCAGAUUAGGACGGCGGUGGCCAUGUCGCAUGAACGAUUCCCAGAGUUGCGGCAUAACAUGGAGUUGAUGGCCGACAUUUCCACGACGGAUCUGGAGCAGGUGGCCCGGUCGCAAAAGGUUGAUCAUAUCCGAAUUCAGGUUUUGGCGAAAGAGAGUGUUCGCAUCCAGCAGCAGGUGGACAAGGACGAGCUGGAUCUCGAGCGACUCACCAAGGCCAUGGCUAUCACGGACCAAUGCUCGCGGAUCGCGGACGAAAUUCGCCUCUCAACAAGCGAUACCACAGGAGUAACGGUUGUCGAGAUGCAGGAGGAUUUUAUUGCCAAGGCAUUUCAGGAGCCCUUCGACCUCUUUUCGGGGCUUUAUUACGACGAGUACGAGAUGUAUCAGCUGGACCAGGUAGUUGUUGCUGCUAUUCAGGACGCGUUCAAGAACCUGUUCAAGGGCUGGGACGUUCUCACGAAUCCGACGCGAGGCGCAGGACUGUUCCGCAAAUGGCAGAAGCUCUUCAAGACCAGCAAAGUCAGUUACAGUCAGAACUGGUCGGGCGCGAAUGCCGACGGUGACGGAAACGGAUACUACGGAGGGAAACCAGCGCCACAGAAUUCUAUGACUGCCUACGAGAGCCUCCUUCACCAUCAUUGGCUGCCCAAGGUCCGCUCAGCUCUGAACAACGCUUGGGAUCCUCGCGACUCUGACCCAGUGAUCGAGCUACUGGAAGCCUGGGCACCACCCGUGUUACCACUGUUUAUGCAGGACAACAUCAUCACUCAGCUGGUUCUGCCCAAACUCCACAAGGAGAUUGAGAAGUGGAGCCCGCGCGACUCGCUCAUGCUCCACACAUGGAUUCACCCCUGGCUGCCAAUCUUGGGCCAGGCCCGUAUGGACCAGGAGCUGUUUGGGGAUGUUCGCAGGAAAUUGUCGUCUGCGUUGGCUGCAUGGCAAGUUUUGGACCCAAGUGCACUUACCGUACUUUCACCAUGGAAGGGCGUUUUCGAGGCCGCCGAUAUGGAGCUGUUGCUGCUGCGGUCGGUAUUACCAAAGUUGGUGGAGGGACUUGGCGCAUUUGAGGUGAACCCUCGAGAUCAAAAGAUCGAGAUCCUCCAGGCCACCCUGCCCUGGUACCCGUUCUUCCCCAGCACUACGUUCAGUUCUUUGCUGGUCAACGAGUUCUUCCCGAAGUGGCACCAAGUCCUCUAUCUAUGGCUCACACAUCCUACGACCACGGACCUCGAUCAAGUCUCCCAGUGGUAUCAGUGGUGGAAGUCAUUGUUCCCGGCCGAGCUGCUUCAGGAGACAGGCGUCGCGACAGGCUUCAGGCAGGGCCUGGAUAUGAUCAACCAGUUCAUGGCAGGACUGAAUAUUAUGGCACCUGCAGAUGUGGCCCAGGCCCAAGCGCAGGCGCAGGGCAAGGGCAAGGCUGGAGCGGGGACCAAUGGCGCCUCGCUGGAUUCUUUUGGCCGUCUUCAGACCAAGAAACAUUUGGUCCAGUCGGUCUCAUUCAAGGAGCUUGUUCAAGACUAUGCGACUCAAAACUCGCUCUUGUUCGUCAUGACCAAGUUGUCGCACGAACGGUCUGGCCGGCCGUUAUACCGUUUGGGCGGCAACUCGACGGGUACGGCAGGAGGUAUUCUGGUGCAUAUGACAGAAGAGGUGGCGUUUGUCAAGGCGGAGGAUACUGGAAUCUGGAUGCCUACAGGUUUGGAGGAGCUUAUGGUCCUUGCAGGAGGAGGGCAUGUCCGAGGAUCGGCACCAUAA